GAGAGAGAGAGAACAUUUUAGUUGAGUCUAUCCUGCGUUCGUUUGUGUUACGGUGACACGGUGCAGCAGUGAGUGAUGUUUCCGUUCAUAAUCAUGUAGUGGGUGUGGAGUGGGGAAAGGAAAAUGAGGAUAUUAUUUGACAUGUUAUUUGAUAACAUGUGAACUUUUGUGUGUAUGUUUGUGGUUGUGGUUGAAGGACCAGUAACAGGUGGCGCUGGGGAAGGAGGGCAGUGGCUGGCUGGCUAGUGUUUUCAUCAGCACUGGUCAGUCUUGCCCCAUACAUUCUAUUAACCAGUGUUUCCUUAUUCCAGGCAGCUUCUCCCUGCAUCGACCACCGCUGAGCAGCACCAGAGAGGCAUGAGUAUGUAAGUUACAAGCUGAAUAUCUGGGACAUUGGUGGCAUGUCCUCCUGCCAGACCUACUGGAGGAACUUUCUGAGUGCACUGACAUCCUUAUCUGGGUGUUGGACGGUGCUGAUGGAAACUGCAUGAGAGACUGUCAGGGGGUACUGAAGAAACUGGCAGCAAGUGCAUCCAGAAGCAGUGCCUUUGUGACGUCAUCAAGGGCUGCAGUAGUGGAGAGGAUUAGAUGGUGCUGCCGUGUGGCAUUGAUGAGUGCCGGGAGAAGAAUGGCGGGUGUGGGCACCUCUGCGUCAGCACUGUGGAGCCGAACUACUACUGCCAGUACCAGCCAGGGUAGACUCAUCAAGAAGUUUAACUGUGAAGACAUUGAUGAGUGUGUGGCGCCCAGGUCCUGCUUCCAAUAUUGCACUAACACCACUGGUGGCUUCCACUGCUGCAGUCAGCCUGGCUACCGCCGUCACUCUUCCAACUACAUGCACUGCAUGGCAGAUUCUGGCAAUCCCUAUCUCAUCUCUUAUAGAGCCCAUAUGAGCAGUCCAGAGACUCCUUAGGUGCUGGUGGAGAAGAAUGAGAUGACAGUGGAUGGUCUUGCAGUCUGGAUCCAUGGGAACAUUUAGUUCACAGACAUCUCGGUAAACAAGAUCCAGAUGAUUUCCUGGGAUGGCUACUGGACUUGCACCAUUGUGACUGAUAAACUGGACCUUUCUCAUGCAACUGCUGUGAAUGCCAUUGAUGGGCAGCUUCUCCCUGCAUCGACCACCGCUGAGCAGCACCAGAGAGGCAUGAGUAUGUAAGUUACAAGCUGAAUAUCUGGGACAUUGGUGGCAUGUCCUCCUGCCAGACCUACUGGAGGAACUUUCUGAGUGCACUGACAUCCUUAUCUGGGUGUUGGACGGUGCUGAUGGAAACUGCAUGAGAGACUGUCAGGGGGUACUGAAGAAACUGGCAGCAAGUGCAUCCAGAAGCAGUGCCUUUGUGACGUCAUCAAGGGCUGCAGUAGUGGAGAGGAUUAGAUGGUGCUGCCGUGUGGCAUUGAUGAGUGCCGGGAGAAGAAUGGCGGGUGUGGGCACCUCUGCGUCAGCACUGUGGAGCCGAACUACUACUGCCAGUACCAGCCAGGGUAGACUCAUCAAGAAGUUUAACUGUGAAGACAUUGAUGAGUGUGUGGCGCCCAGGUCCUGCUUCCAAUAUUGCACUAACACCACUGGUGGCUUCCACUGCUGCAGUCAGCCUGGCUACCGCCGUCACUCUUCCAACUACAUGCACUGCAUGGCAGAUUCUGGCAAUCCCUAUCUCAUCUCUUAUAGAGCCCAUAUGAGCAGUCCAGAGACUCCUUAGGUGCUGGUGGAGAAGAAUGAGAUGACAGUGGAUGGUCUUGCAGUCUGGAUCCAUGGGAACAUUUAGUUCACAGACAUCUCGGUAAACAAGAUCCAGAUGAUUUCCUGGGAUGGCUACUGGACUUGCACCAUUGUGACUGAUAAACUGGACCUUUCUCAUGCAACUGCUGUGAAUGCCAUUGAUGGGCAGCUUCUCCCUGCAUCGACCACCGCUGAGCAGCACCAGAGAGGCAUGAGUAUGUAAGUUACAAGCUGAAUAUCUGGGACAUUGGUGGCAUGUCCUCCUGCCAGACCUACUGGAGGAACUUUUUGAGUGCACUGACAUCCUUGUCUGGGUGUUGGACGGUGCUGAUGGAAACUGCAUGAGAGACUGUCAGGGGGUACUGAAGAAACUGGCAGCAAGUGCAUCCAGAAGCAGUGCCUUUGUGACGUCAUCAAGGGCUGCAGUAGUGGAGAGGAUUAGAUGGUGCUGCCGUGUGGCAUUGAUGAGUGCCGGGAGAAGAAUGGCGGGUGUGGGCACCUCUGCGUCAGCACUGUGGAGCCGAACUACUACUGCCAGUACCAGCCAGGGUAGACUCAUCAAGAAGUUUAACUGUGAAGACAUUGAUGAGUGUGUGGCGCCCAGGUCCUGCUUCCAAUAUUGCACUAACACCACUGGUGGCUUCCACUGCUGCAGUCAGCCUGGCUACCGCCGUCACUCUUCCAACUACAUGCACUGCAUGGCAGAUUCUGGCAAUCCCUAUCUCAUCUCUUAUAGAGCCCAUAUGAGCAGUCCAGAGACUCCUUAGGUGCUGGUGGAGAAGAAUGAGAUGACAGUGGAUGGUCUUGCAGUCUGGAUCCAUGGGAACAUUUAGUUCACAGACAUCUCGGUAAACAAGAUCCAGAUGAUUUCCUGGGAUGGCUACUGGACUUGCACCAUUGUGACUGAUAAACUGGACCUUUCUCAUGCAACUGCUGUGAAUGCCAUUGAUGGGUGAGUCUCUUUUCACCUCCUGAGUUUAACAGACACUUGGAUCUAGAACUGGAUGGUUUUCCUACUUUGUUUAUAUCAUCAGUUAUCUCUGUUGUAUGAGUUCUGAUGGGGAUUUAGACUCAAAAAGACCUGUAUUCAUCCAUUUUUAUUUGUACUUAAAAUGACUCCCGAAAAAAGCACUUUCCUUAAAUAUAGAUGAAAUUUCUGUUUC